AGGCCCUGCAAAAGUGGCGGAGAACUUUGAUGGGAUCAAGUUCCAUCGAGUCAUUGACAACAAGAAGCUGUCGCUUGAUGCGGAUUCCUUCUGGGUGCAUCUGAAUUAUCAGCUCAUUCACUUGAUGGACUUCCUCCCCAUCGCAGACUGGCAAGCAAGAAUGGACGACACGUACAUGGACUUGUUCCUGGUGCUUUUUGAGUUCAUGAAAGAUGCUGGGAAACUGCAAGCGCAUGUCGACCUGGAUCUCGGUCCUGUGGAGAAUCCCACCGGGAACAGCACGCCUACCACGCUGGUAGGCUUCCUCAUGAACCGUGUGGUCCCUUCCAGCUUGAAGCGACGGGUGCGGAAGAAGGAGAUCGUGAAGUACUCCACCGAAGUUGGACACAGCUUGGACUACGAGAUCCUUUGGAAGGGCAACUCUAAUUUGUGAAUCAGUAGGUAGAGAGCAAGCAGCAAAGAUGUGCUGGACACCGAACGUGUGAGCCCUUGAAUCCCACUGGCUUGAUGAAUGAGGAUGGUGUACUGACGGUUUAAGGAAAUUGUCUAACGGUUAGACUCUCCCAUCUCUCCCUUCCCGCAGUUUUGACCACAAUUGAUCUGGUUUCUCACAAGCUCUCACCAUGACUUGACCAAGUGUAGC